AUGACAUUUUGUUUUCUGCGUGUUCUCCUUUUCAUCGCCCUGACGGGUUGCACAUUGGGAGACGAUGGACAAGUGACGUUUGUAUCAGAGCUCUCGUCCAAACCAGCCCAGAAGUUGUCAAAGUAUGGUUGGUAUGGAAAUGUGAGGCUGCAAAGGUUUCAUAUACCAGAGGAGACUGCCAUCGCUCGCUGGCUGUUCUCUGUCACCAAGGGCCACACCUUCCACUGUGGACAACACAACGUCAGCAUCCAUAUUCAAUGGGGUGCCCCUCCAGUUAUUAACCCAAUAGGAUCAGUGUUCCCUAAUGCAACACUAUGGAGCCCCUGUCUGUCUCUGAUCCUACCAGUGACGUCACACAGCUCUACAACAAUUAACAUCUCUAAUCCUGCUCCAGGUGAUUGGUACGUCGCUGCCCACUUGCCUGAAGAUGACGGGCGCAUAGAGCAGAAGGGCUUUCCGUCCUGCUCCUACUUCUUCCAGCCUCAGCUAUCAAUCAGGAGAGCAGUGGACACGCCCAUUUUACAGCAGGGUGCAUUCCUCCAACAGACUGCAGCACCUGACAGACCUGCACGCCUUAAAUUGUAUGUUCCAGAGUUUGCCUCUUCUCUCUUUGUCUCUGUGGCUGACUGUUCGUCAGGGGAGGGAGAAGACAAUGGAAACUGUUCACUGGUUCUCAGGCUUGGCUCCGCCUCUCUGCAGCAUGGCCCGGUAACGGUGAACUGCUCAGGGAUUGGCUGCUCUGCAGCUCUUUCUAACCCUCCUUGGGCUACCUGGUUACGAGUUGUCGUGGAGAGCAGCCAAGACAACCGCACUGUGACCUUUAGUAUCGUCUCAAACUACACAGUGAUAUGUAAACCAAAGAGUGUAGGCCUUAAAGCAGAUGAUGACAUCAACAGGCUCCGUGGCAACAGCAGCUAUAGCAACUUAACAUCAGCAGGAAACAACUCUGUGGUUACAGACGAGGUCGCGUUAAGCGACGAAUCAGCAUCACUGUUAACUCCGCUAUCAGCGUCGGCGUGUGUGUGGAGCAUCCCUGUGCUCUACGACGAGGUGGAUGUUCUGUCGCUCAGAUUCACUCCUGCCAACGGACCCAACGUCAGCGUUACGGAUACACACCCCACACUGCUCACCUACCCCCUGCAAAUACAAGCCACUGGUGGUACACUCAACCUAGAGCUCACACUCAACACUACUAAUGUAACCCUGGGGAACAGCAGCAGUGUGGUGGCCUGUCUCUCUCCCUGGGCUCCAGUCUUCAAACUCAACAACUCUCAACCCUGUCACACAGGCUUGUUUGGAGGAUUUGGUGUUCGUGUAAAUGCCAGUGUUCCUAAAGCUGUCGUCAGGCUGCCUUUCCCUCAGGCAACAACAUGGUACCUCACCCUGCAGCUCACAUGCAACAGCUCUGACUGUGGUAAUAUGUCAGUGGUGUCUGUGGUCCCAGAGGUGUUCAUCACUGCCUGUGUAGAGGACUGUGGGACAUAUGGUGAAUGUAGACUUUUGAGAUCCUACAGCUACCUUUACGCUGCCUGUGUCUGCAAGGCUGGCUGGAGCGGUUGGGGCUGCACUGAUGGUUCCACAGCUCAGUCGUACAGUCACCAGUUGACGGCGACUCUGCUGCUCACGCUCAGUAACCUGUUCUUCCUGCCUGCCAUCGUGGUGGCCGUCAAACACAGCUACAUCACUGAGGCCUCCGUCUACCUCUUCACAAUGUUCUUCUCCACGUUCUACCAUGCGUGUGACCAGCCAGGUGUAGCCGUAAUGUGCAUAAUGGACUACGAUGCGCUACAAUACUGUGACUUCCUGGGGUCAGUCUGUUCCAUCUGGGUCACCAUCCUGUGCAUGGCUCGAAUCAAAGACACAUUCAAAUAUGCUCUGUUUAUGCUUGGGGCUCUGCUGAUAGCCAUGUCAGUGCAGCUGGACCGCAAAGGUCUGUGGAACAUGCUGGGCCCCAUCCUCUGUGCCAUUCUGUUCAUGGUCAUUUCCUGGGUGUACCGAGGGGUGCGGCGACGACACUGUUACCCGCCGUCUUGGAAACGAUGGGUCCUCUACCUGAUACCCGGGGCGGUCUGUGCUCUGAUCGGGGUAUGUUUGUACAUUUUUGCCGAGACAGAGGACAACUACUACUACACACACUCGCUGUGGCACAUCCUGGUGGCCAGCUGCGUUGUCUUCCUGCUGCCGCCGAAGGAGAAGGACAGGGAGGCGUUGGGCUGGAGCAGGGGCUGGAGCUGGAGCUGGAGACCCCGGGUUUGUGGAUACACGCUCUGUCAGAGCAGCAAGGAUGAACUCUACACUGUCACAUAGUAGGACAAGUGAUGCUGUAAGGAAGUGACAAAGUGACUACGCAUUGAUUGUAUCUCAGCACUCAAGCACGUGUGUCUGCUCAUGUUGACAAAAUCUUACAAUAUGUUUGUUCAUACUCAAACUCAAAGUUUGUUAAUAUCUUGAAUAGAGCCUUUUAAAAUCAAAUCUAGACCGAUAUUCUCAUAAGUCUACCAGUUCCAUGUUCACAUUUACAUGGUUUGAAACUGGGUUUUUUUGUUUGUUUUUUAUUGAAAUAAAAAUAUCUCUGAAAGUCAUAAAUAAAAAUAUUUGCUUACAGACAUCCUGAAACACACAAACACUCCGUUUAACCCAAAUCCAACCUGCUGAAACCUCCAAGGUCAUUUGCACCAGCUUAUGGGUGAGCAUCAAAGCCUUCAGCUAGCACACCACCUGACUUUGGACCUCAGGACCAGGAGUUUGUACAUAUUUGUGUAUGUACUUGUUCUACUAGGCUAGGAAAUUCAUGUUUGAAAUAUUUAAAAGUAUUAGCACUUUGUGAAACUCUUUAAUCUUUAUAUUCAGCCUAUCUUGGAGUCUGCUGAUAAAUUAUACUAUAUUUAUAGUUGAUGUAAAAAAUCAUCAUUCUUGUAUCAUCCUCUAUUUUCAUUUAUCCCACUGGCCUGGGCAAAUAUUUAUUUUUAAAUCCAUUUCAGAACUCAAGGUCCACUUUCUAGCUUUUUUUAAAAAAUCUUUCAACCAUAUAACAUGGCCUUCAUCAUCUGAUGAAAUCAGCUUUUUGACUUAAGAAUGAAUCAUUGCAGAAUUAAAAGUAGUUAAAAGCUUCAACUAGAAAUUAUUUAAAACCAUUAAAUUACUUUUUCUGCUUACCACAUGUAUCAUGCCUUCCCAUGAUGUCAAGUUAAGCUGUAAUUCAUGGGCUUUUAGACAAGUGAGCAUGUGAAAUGUAGACAGAUGACAGCGUAGUUUUGGGAUACAGGGUGCCACCUUAUUCCAUUUAAAAAUAAAUAAAUAAAUCCACAUUUUUAAAUACAAUACUAAAUACUAUAUAGCAGGAUGUUAGGCUCAUGUACAGAAUGUAGUGAAAGUGAAUGACUCUGUCUUUUCUUUUCUUCUCAUCUCCUCUGUUUAUCUUCACUAAAUCCUUACCAGUCCUUACUUUUUACUGGCAUUUAUUCCACUGCACUUUUAUGAUUACAUAGUGGAAUCUGUUUUUAAUGUGUAUAUAGCCCAAAUGUGUGUGAAUGGGCUCUUUAUGAAUGUAUAUUGAGAUUACUGUGUCCAGUGCCGCCUCUUGCCUGUAUGUUUCUGUGAAUGAGUGUACCGCAUGAGUGUGUGUUUUGUCUUUUGCACCACUGAAACACUUUCCGUACUAAAGUGCGUCACCUGUCUUAAGUGUCCCAUUCUGUGAUGAUUGUCGCAUUGCACAGGUUGAAAUUGCAGUCUUCCUUUCAUUGUUGAAAUUGUUUUUUUGCUUGUGUGUGAGAGUGUGAAUCACUUUGUUUUGUUUUCACUUUUAACUAGGAGUAUGAAAGGGCGUUCUUCCACUACAACAUACUUUAGCUCACACUGCAUGUAAUGUUCCAUGUAAAACUAAACAUUUUACUUCCAUUACUGAAUGGCUGCUGUUCAGUCUGUUAAAAAUCCAAACAGGAUUUGCCUACCAAAAAUAAAUCUGUGGUAUAAAGAGUU